ACCUCCAAGGAAAGGCAAGACGCGUAGAGAAUCGAGAAUUUUUUGAGAAUUUUGAAAUUCGUCAAACUUUGUCAAGUAGAAGAAGGCAAAGGAAGGAAGGUAGAAAAAGAGAUGGGGAAGCCGACGGCUACGCAGCAAGCGAUGGUGGUGUUCGGAGCCCUAGCAGUUGGAUGGCUGGCCAUAGAGAUGGCUUUCAAGCCCUGGCUUGACAAGGCUCGUGCCGCCAUGGACAAGUCUGACCCUGCUCGCGACCCCGAUGAAGACGACGUCGUCAAGGCUGCCGAGACCGCUGCUGAUGAAUGAGCCUUCAACUCUUUAAGGUAGCAGACUCGGAAACACUAGGCUAUCUACUAUCUACUACACCAAUAGGCAAUAACAACAAUGGGGUUUUGAAAUUGUAGGUUCUUUAAUGAAUUAAAUUUCAACAACUUUCUUAUUGUGUGAUUGUUGCAAUGGAGGACAUUACUGGCUAGUGAAAUUUGUGAUC